CCAGCUGUCAAGCCAUGGCAGUACCCCCCGCGCCCCACGACAACAAAGCUGUACGUGCUCAACCUGAAUGGUUUCAAGCUCCACGAUGCGAUGAAUUGGUUUCUCUGGUCUAUUCCGAUGGAAUACAAACUCUGACGGCUAACUGCAAGCCCGGUAAGUACAAAUUGUACAAUGAGACAGCGCUUUCAAUAGAUCAACUCUCACCCGGGUUACCAUCUCCGGCGCCCGCUCUCAAAAGUAUGUAAGGGCCAGACAGCGUGACCUCAAUCGAAAAUGCGAUCUUGUUACCUUCAACCAGUUACUACUUAGUAGCAUCAUGCACUUCAGGCUAUCUUCCCAGAAAAUUCGACACCAUUAUGAUGACGAUCCAGCUACUGUUCGUUCUGUCAAUCAUCAGCGCUUGAAGAGCGUCAGCGCUAGGCUUGCAUCAACCAUUGCUGCAAGGAAUAUCAUCAGUGCUAUACAGCGCCGUGAGAUUGUCCAUAGAUUGGAUAUCGGGAACAGUUCAAUGGGCGAUGAGGGUUGCGUACAGCUUUUCAACUUUCUAGAUUCUCCUGCUGGUCGAAGGUGCAAAAACAGCCUCACCGAGCUGUACCUCACAAGGAACGGUAUAGGUGCAAAGGGUCUACUUGCUGUAUCAAAGUUCAUCAAGGGCAAUGAUAUACUCAGGGAAUUGUGUCUGUCCGGUAACCCACUAUCGACUAAUGCGGAUGUCAUUGCACAGUUCGCAACUGCACUGAACAGCUCGAGACUAUGCACGCUCCAGCUGAUCCAUAACGGCACUCUCUCUGACACCUUCAUUCGUGCAUUCCUUCCCACCCUCAACGCACGGUAUCUGCGUCAACUCGGCCUUUCUGCCACCAAUAUUACCCGUGUUGUGGUCCCUACCAUUAUUGAAUAUGUUACGUCAUCGCGUUGCAGACUGGAUCGAUUGCAAUGCAAUGCGAACAGCCUGACACUGCCCGGUGCGCGCGAAAUCAUCAGCGCUAUCGAGCGCGAGAACUACAGCCUUUUCAAGGUUAAUCUUGAUGACCUCCAUAUUGAUGAGUAUGAUGGCGACGGCGAGGAGCGCACUCUUGCGUGGCAAGAGGGUUGGCGGAUUUUAAACGAUAUAGCCCAGAGGAACCUAACGAAAAAAAUCUGGGUGAAAAAGCAAGCUGUCGCACUACUGCUGUACAGCCGUGCAUUGUUCCUUCGGUCGAGCAUGCGGGAUCUACAUGGCGGUGCUCCUGACUUUGUUUCUAUUUCCGCUCUCAAUCGACUCUCCGUAAAUGUCAAGUCAAAUAUCAUUUCCACGCCCUCGAUGUUCUUCCAACUGCCUGAGGAAAUACAGCAGGAAAUCAUCGCCUUACUAGCACCGGAUUUAUCCCACCGGCAGCGAAUCCGCGUCGUUGCAUUUGCCGCAGAUUUGCGCACGCUUCCACAACUACAUGAACCUCGUCUUGAACCAGCGAAUACGGCACAUCUCCCGGCGUCCAUGCGAACGAGUCUUAGUCGACAGGCUGAUACCACCGCCAAAGUACUGCACGAAGGCUCGUGGAGGCCUCCAGCAUGGUGGGAGUGUGCAUGUCUUGAGGGGGAGCGUAAAAAUUGCCGAACUUUACACCGCUGGGUGAGAGAGAGGCGAGAUGUAUGGUUGACGCGUGUUGGAUGCGACGUUUGGGAACCUGAAUUUGCUACGCGAGACACAGGACUUUGAUCGCGCUGGUUCGGACUCGUGGAUGAUUUGACUUUUACACUCUGAACUCACUGUUAAAACGUUAACAUCUCAGGAUCGUUCAAUCGAUAUUUCCAUCAUUUCACUUCGGAUCGCAGGUCAAAAUUGUGCACCGAUAUUUACGUAAUUUAUGUUAGUGCGUCUGCCUGGGGACCCUGGGCCCUAGGCGAGGGGCGGAGCACCCUGUAUGGUCAGUCACUCAGGGCUCAAUUGUGGUAGUGCAGUGCUUUGAGUUCACUACUUGCCUUGCUCGUGACAUGUAGGCACACAGUCGCGCAUACACCGCUCCACCAUUCAACCGCCAUCCUGUAUAUACUGGAAGUCUCAUGGUGUGUCUGUUCUACAGCUCUUGAGCUGUGCGUUGCUGUGUCUCCUAUACAAAAUAAAUAAACUCCUC